UGUGUGUGUGUGUGUGUAUAUAAAAAAAAUUGUGUUCAAGUAAUGUUCAGAGAAGUACAUCUUAUAAAUGCUUCUGAACUGAGAAUUGUACUUUUUAAUUGCAUCCACAGAUUAGUCAAAAUGAAUUUGUUUCACAGUGCUGAUAACGAAUUAUUAACAGAGUUUGCUGUUUUAAAAAAACAAAAACAAACAAACAAAAACCCAAACUUUGCUGUAGUUGCGGUAAAAUUAGCUGUGAUUAUGUUUAUGAUGUUUAAGGGCAUAUCAGAGUCAUCAGAAGUGCAUGACUCCCACAGGAUUGUUAUGUUGCGUACACACAAACGGUCCCAGAAUUUACACUUAUGCAUUUCCUGUCGCAGGCGCCGAGUAGGUUGUCAAGACGCUGUGGUAUUUAACAUUUCACACUGUGCACAUCUCCAGUUGCCUGCCAGUCAUCUGUUCCAGCUGCCAAAUGUGUUUCCCUGGCUGUCAGGGAAACAGUGCGAGUCUCUCAUGUUCUGCAGUUCCAUGCUGAGUGCUUCUUUCAUUUGGGACUUACAGCCGGGACUCUGACUCAUCCGCUGUAAUCGCUGUAACGAAUGGAGCUCGGUGAGAAGAUGCGGGCGAUUAUGGGCGUGGUGUGUCUGUGUCAGUGCGUGAUUGGUCAGCUGCUGGAGGCCAGGGCGAAAGGAUCUGCACCUCGAUUUAUCUGCAGCGUUCCAGGGUUGCCAGGGAUGCCAGGGAAGCCAGGCCUUCCCGGGCCCCACGGGGCCGAGGGCUAUGUCGGCGUCCCGGGAAGAGAUGGCAGGGACGGUAGGAACGGGGAGAAAGGAGAGAAGGGGGAAGCAGGGAUAAAAGGGAGAGUGGGACCAACAGGUAAGACAGGGGAGCGCGGAGAAAGAGGCUCAACAGGCAAGCGAGGCCCAGAGGGUGACCCCGGAGACCCAGGGCCCUUGGGCCCCCCCGGAUCCCCAGGGAAGAGAGGAGCAAAGGGGCAGCGUGGCUCACGGGGCAUGCCUGGCGUGUGUCGCUGCGGAAGUCUGGUGCCCAAAUCGGCCUUCUCUGUGGGCAUCACCAGCAGCUACCCGGCUGAGAAAGCACCAAUCAAGUUCAACAAGGUCCUGCUCAACGAGGGUGGCCACUAUAACCCGCAGACAGGCAAAUUCAUAUGUGCUUACCCUGGCAUCUAUUACUUCUCCUACGACAUCACGCUGGCCAACAAGCACUUGGCCAUUAGCCUGGUGCACAACGGACAGUACCGGAUUAAGACUUAUGACGCCAACACUGGUAAUCACGAUGUCGCGUCUGGGUCAACGGUGAUGUUCCUCAACCCAGAGGACGAGGUGUGGCUGGAGAUCUUCUACAAGGACCAGAAUGGCUUGUUCUCUGACCCUGGCUGGGCAGACAGCCUCUUUUCAGGGUUUUUGCUCUAUGCAGACACUAAUUACCUGGACACACUUGCGGAGGACUACGCUUAGCAUCACUGGACCCAGACAAUAAAAGCAUGUCACUUAAACUACCAAAUGCAGCUUUCCUUUAGACUGUGACUAAAAGAGUACCGUGGACCAAAUUUUACGAUCAGCUCAAACCAGGACAGGACUUAAUCUGCAUCAGCAAGGCCAAAAAACUCACAUUGUGUGCUUCUCACCAUGUAUUUUAUUUUUGUAUAUUAUAUAGAGUAUGAAGAGUUAUUUUAUAUUUACCAGUGAAAGCAAUUAUAUUAGAAUAUUACAGGAGAGCAGAAUUGUCCUUUAGGAGGACUUUUUUAAAAUUAAUUAAUCAGACUUGUCACUUAAAUAUUUGUGACAUACAAAACCACUAUAAAUGCAGCACAGACUCAGAUAAACAUAAAAUCUUAAAGUCUAGGACCUGGGCUUGUAUAUAAGACUGAAAUUAAGUAAUUGCUAAGAAUUUAAAGUGGAUGCUGUCAGCCUUAAUUUGAAGGCAUGCACCCAUAGUUUUUAUUUGAUUUCAAACCGAAGCUGUUAGAAUAAAGAGAAUAAAAUGAUUUAUAAAAAAGGCCAUUGUCUAAAUAUUUACAGGUUUAUCUGUAUAAAUGAUAAUGUGACUGUAUAUUGUUUCAGUGUAUAAAUAUUGUUAAUCUUGUCAGGAUGAGUAAAUGAGAUUAAGUGGUAAUGUCAAAUUGUGUGCACUUAAGCAAAAUAUUUAUGAAUGAGAUUUUUUCUUGAAUUCCACAGGGCAGCAAAUAAACUACUCCAUUUGGCUAAAUAAGUACUCAUAGAAAAUCCACAUAUGGCAAUUUCCACUCUUACAUUUUAUUCCAGUAUACACUACAGUGUUCUUAUGUAUAUGUCCAUCUAAAAACUACAUUUCACCAAGCAACC